CACAACCUGAACAAUCAUUAUUCAAACAUCCACACAUUAGAAUUCAAAACAAGGAUGGACCCCGACGCCAGCAUCACCCCGGACCAACCCCCGGUAUUCAAUUACAUCCUCUCCUUCCUCCUAGUCGGCGUAGCAUGGGGCUUCACAACCCCCUUCAUCCGCCGCGCCGCAGCCGACUUCAACGCGCGCCAGGAGAAACAACAACACUCGCAGUCACAGCCCCAAGCACAAGCACAAACACAAACACAAGCAUCGCAGGAACCCGAACCCGACGCACAAGAACUACAGCAUACCAAUACGGAACACGAACCCUCAGACGAAGAAGAAGAUGAAGACCACCCCUUACCAGCAGCUGGUACACAACAACCACAGCCCGCCUGGAUGCGCCGCCCAUCGCAGUCAACAACAACCUCAGGCUGGCUAAAGACGAAAAUCACAACGUUGUUCUGGACGGUCAUUAAUCUUCUCCGUACGCCGGCGUACUCAAUUCCCUUGAUUAUUAACUUGACGGGGAGUAUUUGGUUCUUUCUUCUUGUUGGGAAACAUGAACUAUCCCUGACGGUUCCGUUGGCUAAUUCGAGUGCAUUCCUCUUCACUGUUCUGGGGGAGUGGUAUGUGGAACGGAAGGUUAUCGAGAAGGAGACUUGGUUAGGAAUGGGGCUUGUUUUGGGGGGGAUUGCUAUUUGUGUUAAGUCUAAGAGUUAGGAAGAGAUACUGCGUAGUACUCUGGGGUACAUAUGUAGACCUUCAAUUGUAUGUGAUAGAUACUACUGGGUAUAUAUAGAUGGAAGGAAGCAUUUAUACUU